AUGGCGGCGGCCUUCCGGAGUGUGCUCCGCGCUGUCACUCAGAUAAGACCACCUGCGAUCAGAAUACAACAAUGCAACCUCAGCACAGUUCGAGGGCUGUUCAGACGUCCCUUCAGACCUGUCCCGGUGCUCGUGGUGACUGGAGGAGGCUACUAUGGUUACCAGCAGUACAAGGGAAAACCGGAAGUAGAAGGAGCUGCUCCUGUUUUGGCCACUCCCUCUCAGCUGACUCUGAAGCGCCGUCUGAACACGCUUAGUAGAAGCGCAGCCCCCUGGCGCCGUCGACCUAUGGCGUUCCUCUACUGCACAUUGACCACCAGAGCUUUGCGACCGCUGGCCAAUCGGGUGGCGCUGUACAGAUCAUUUCCCACUCGAGUGAUAUCACGAGUUUGGGGUAAGAUCAACGCUGUAGAUUUGCCCACCUUUUUACGAAAACCCAUCUAUUCGCUCUAUAUCUGGACCUUUGGAGUCAACAUGCAGGAAGCCGCAGUGGAGGACUUGCAUUUUUACAAGAAUUUAGGAGAAUUUUUCAGACGAAGACUUAAACCUGCUGCAAGACCUGUCUGCUCCUCCUCCUGCCUGACGUCUCCAGCAGAUGGCAGAGUGCUACACUUUGGUUCUGUGAAAAACUCAGAGGUGGAGCAGGUCAAAGGUGUCACAUACAGUUUAGAGCAGUUUUUAGGACCACAUAACGGAACUGCCCAAGCCGACAGCUUCGGAGACGGCCUCCUGUCUCAUCCGGAUAACGACCUGUUUCAUGUGGUCAUUUAUUUGGCCCCAGGCGAUUAUCACUGCUUCCACUCACCGGUCGACUGGACGGUGCAGCUGAGGAGACACUUCCCAGGCUCCCUGAUGUCGGUCAGUCCUGGAGUGGCUCAUCGGGUGAAAGAGCUUUUUUGUCUAAAUGAACGAGUGGCUCUGACCGGUCAAUGGGAACAUGGCUUCUUCUCUCUCACCGCUGUUGGGGCGACCAACGUGGGCUCAAUACGCAUCUACUUUGAUCAGGAACUCCAAACAAACACUCCUAGAUACAGAAAAGGCUCGUGUCAUGAGCGCUGCUAUGAGGGGGAGGAGUCCUGUGCCUCUGGGGUGACGUUACAGAAAGGAUCACCUCUGGGUGAGUUUAACCUGGGAUCCACCGUGGUUUUAGUUUUCGAAGCUCCUAAAGACUUCAGCUUCAACCUGAAAACCGGACAGAAGAUCCGAGUCGGUGAGGGGCUGGGUCUGCUUUCCUGA